GAGCCCCGCUACAGCAGUCGCAGUCUCCGUGGGGCUAGCGGAAGCCUUUUCUCUUUUUUACUUACCACCUCAUUUCUACUCUAGUGGCUUGGACAACAAGUUCUCUGUGGACUGAUACAAAAAAACUAGUGCAAUCCUGCCUGGUAUGGACUUGUUGUCCGGGACGUAUAUAUUUGCGGUCCUGUUAGCAUGCGUCGUGUUUCAGUCUGGCGCCCAGGAGAAGAAUUACACCAUCCGGGAAGAAAUGCCAGAAAACGUCCUGAUAGGCGACUUGCUGAAAGACCUCAACUUGUCGCUAAUUCCAGACAAGUCCUUAACAACUCCUAUGCAGUUCAAGUUAGUGUACAAGACCGGAGAUGUGCCACUGAUUCGAAUUGAAGAGGGUACUGGUGAGAUCUUCACUACUGGAGCUCGCAUUGAUCGUGAGAAAUUAUGUGCUGGUGUCUUAGUGGACACCCGUUGCUUUUAUGAGGUGGAGGUUGCCGUUCUGCCAGAUGAAAUAUUUAGACUGGUUAAAAUACGUUUUCUGAUAGAAGACAUAAAUGAUAAUGCACCAUUAUUCCCUGCAACGGUUAUCAACAUAUCAAUUCCAGAGAACUCAGCUAUAAACUCUCGAUAUGCUCUCCCAGCAGCCAUUGAUCCUGACAUAGGAAUAAACGGAGUUCAAAACUACCAACUAAUUAAGGGUCAAAGUAUUUUUGGGCUUGAUGUUAUUGAAACACCAGAAGGAGAGAAGAUGCCACAAUUGAUAGUUCAACAGGAGUUAGAUAGGGAAGAGAAAGAUACAUAUGUAAUGAAAGUAAAGGUUGAAGAUGGUGGCUUUCCUCAAAGAUCCAGUACUGCCAUUUUGCAAGUCAGUGUUGCUGAUACAAACGACAACCGCCCAGUCUUCAAGGAGAAUGAGAUUGAAGUCAGUAUACCAGAAAAUGCUCCUGUAGGUACUUCAGUGACACAACUUCAUGCCACAGAUGCCGACAUAGGUGAAAAUGCCAGGAUUCACUUCUAUUUCAGCAAUCUAGUCUCCAACAUGGCCAAGAGGCUAUUUCACCUCAACUCCACCACUGGACUUAUCACAAUCAAAGAACCACUGGAUAGGGAGGAAUCACCAAACCACAGGUUACUGGUUUUGGCAAGUGAUGGUGGAUUGAUACCAGCAAGAGCAAUGGUGCUAGUAAAUGUUACAGAUGUCAAUGAUAAUGUCCCAUCAAUUGACAUAAGAUAUAUCAUCAAUCCAAUCAAUGGCACUGUGGUUCUUUCAGAAAAUGCUCCGCUCAACACCAAAAUUGCUCUCAUAACUGUUACAGAUAAGGAUGCUGACCAUAAUGGUAGGGUGACGUGCUUUACAGAUCAUGAAGUCCCUUUCAGAUUGAGGCCAGUAUUCAGUAAUCAGUUCCUCCUAGAGACUGCUGCAUAUCUUGACUAUGAGUCCACAAGAGAAUAUGCCAUUAAAUUACUGGCUGCAGAUGCUGGCAAACCUCCUUUGAAUCAAUCAUCCAUGCUCCUCAUCAAAGUAAAAGAUGAAAAUGACAACGCACCAGUUUUCACUCAGCCUUUCAUAAGUCUUUCUGUUCCUGAGAAUAACUCUCCUGGCACCCAGUUGACAAAAAUUAGUGCAACAGAUGCAGACACAGCGCAUAAUGCUGAGAUAAACUACCUGCUUGGCAUUGAUGCUCCAUCUGAAUUCAACCUGGAUCAUCGUACAGGCAUUCUGACGGCAGUGAAGAAACUGGAUAGAGAAAAACAGGAAAAAUAUUCAUUCACGGUUCUGGCAAAAGAUAAUGGGAUGCCACCUUUAAUAACCAAUGCCACAGUCUUAGUGACUGUUCUUGAUCAGAAUGACAACAGUCCAAUUUUCACUCACAAUGAGUACAACUUCUAUGUCCCAGAAAACCUUCCAAGACAUGGCACAGUAGGACUAAUCACUGUAACUGAUCCUGAUUAUGGAGAAAAUUCUGCAGUCACUCUCUCCAUUUUAGACGCAAAUGAUGACUUCACCAUUGAUCCACAGACUGGUGUCAUCCGACCAAAUAUUUCCUUUGAUAGAGAAAAACAAGAAUCUUAUACUUUCUAUGUAAAGGCUGAGGAUGGUGGUAGGGUAUCACGUUCUUCAACUGCCAAAGUCACCAUAAAUGUGGUUGAUGUCAACGACAACAAACCAGUUUUUGUUGUCCCUUCUUCGAACUACUCCUUUGAAUUGGUUCUGCCAUCCACUAAUCCAGGCACAGUGGUCUUCACGGUAGUUGCUGUUGACAAUGACACUGGCAUGAAUGCAGAGCUUCAUUACAGUAUUGUAGGAGGAAACACAAAAGGUCUGUUUAUGAUUGACCAAGCAACAGGCAACAUUACACUGAAGGAGAAAUGUGUCCUUGCAGACCUUGGUUUACACAAACUGGUAGUCAAAGCUAAGGACUUAGGACAACCUGAUUCUCUCUUCAAUGUUGUAAAUGUUAAUCUAUUUGUGAAUGAGUCAGUGACCAAUGCUACACUGAUUUAUGAAUUGGUGCGCAAAAACAUUGAAACACCAGUGACCCAAAAUAUUGAGACAGCUGAUACAUCCUCACCAUCCAGUGACUAUGUCAAGAUCGUGGUCGCCAUUGUUGCAGGCACAAUAACUGUCAUCCUUGUUAUUUUCAUCACUGCUGUAGUAAGAUGCCGCCAAUCACCACACCUUAAGGCUGCUCAGAAAAACAAGCAGAAUUCCGAAUGGGUUACUCCAAACCCAGAAAACAGGCAGAUGAUAAUGAUGAAGAAAAAGAAGAAGAAGAAGAAGAAGCAUACCCCUAAGAACUUGCUGCUUAACUUUGUUACUAUUGAAGAAACUAAGGCAGAUGAUGCUGACAAUGAUGGAAACAGCGUCACACUAGACCUUCCCAUUGAACUGGAAGAGCAAACCAUGGGCAAGUACAACUGGGGCACUACACCUACUACUUUCAAGCCUGACAGCCCUGAUUUGGCCCGGCACUACAAAUCUGCCUCUCCACAGCCUGCCUUCCAGAUCCAGCCGGAAACUCCCCUGAAUUCGAAGCACCACAUCAUCCAGGAACUGCCUCUUGAUAACACCUUUGUGGGCUGUGAUUCCAUCUCCAAGUGUUCCUCCAGCAGUUCUGAUCCCUACAGCGUUUCUGAGUGCAGCUAUCCAGUGACAACUUUCAAGACACCUGUGUCUGUACACACCAGACCGCCAAUGAAGGAGGUUAUACGAUCUCGCACACCCAUGAAAGAGACAACUACUGUGGAGAUCUGGACUCAUCCCCAACCACAGCGGAAAUCCGAGGGAAAAAAGGCGGGAAAGUCCCAGCGGCGUGUCACAUUUCACCUACCAGAAGGCUCUCAGGAAAGCAGCAGUGAUGGUGGACUAGGGGACCAUGAUACAGGCAGCCUUCCCAGCACAUCCCAUGCCCUGCCCCUUGGCUAUCCUCAGGAGGAGUACUUUGAUCAUGCUGCACCCAACAACCGCACUGAAGGGGAUGGCAACUCUGAUCCUGAAUCCACUUUCAUUCCUGGACUAAAGAAAGCUGCAGAAAUAACUGUUCAACCAACCGUGGAAGAGGCCUCUGACAACUGCACUCAAGAAUGUCUCAUCUUGGGCCACUCUGAUGCCUGCUGGAUGCCAGCUUCUCUGACCCAUUCCAGCCCUUCACAGGCACAGACCUCUGCUCUGUGCCACAGCCCGCCCCUGAUGCAGACCACUCUUCGCCGGCGCAACCCUCCAGUGACACAGACCGUUGCGCUCUGCCACAGUCCGCCGGUGACCCAGGCUAUUGCACUGUGCCACAGCCCUCCACCAGCACAGACCUCCACUCUGCACCACAGCCCACCUCUAGCACAGGCUACUGCUCUUCGCCACAGCCCUCCACCAGCACAGGCCUCUGCCCUCCACUACAGCCCUCCCCUGGCACAGGCUGCCGCAAUCCACUGCAGCCCUCCUCUGCCACAGGCUGCUGCCCUCCAUCGCAGCCCCGCACAACCACCAAUGGGUCUGCAGCAAGGUUGGGGGCAAGGUGCUGACCCUGAUGGACUACUUUCUCUUGAUCAGGGAGCACAAGGUAGUACAAGAUCUCAGUUUUACGCCAUGUCUGAAAGACUUCAUCCUAGUGAUGAUUCAAUUAAAGUCAUUCCCUUGACAACCUUCACUCCAGGCCAGCAGGCCAGACCCUCUAGGGGUGAGUCUCCCAUUAUGGAAGAACAUCCUUUAUAA